AUGGCUAAAAGAAGCAAAUCCCAGCUCACAGCAGACGCCGCUCUUGCCGAGGACUACGACAGCGACGAGGAAGUAUUCGAGGGAGCCAAGCGUGCUUCGGCGGACGUGAUGGCGUCGCGGCCUAUUGCCAGGCUGAAGCCGCGGCUCAAGGCCGCGAACGGCUCCAAGCCAGAGCCCAAAAUUGGCGGGGCUUUUGGGUUCCUCGGGGCCUCCGCCACGGAACAAUCUAGUAAACCAGCCAAUACGCUUGCAUCUUCAAAGUCUACAGAGGAGGUUAUCAGCGACCAGCCUACACAGUUAAAAUCCUUGAAUGCUCUCUUUUUGCAGGCCAUCAACAACGCCAUUCAAAAGAACCCCAUUGCAGACUUGCGUCCCGUUUUGUCCAAGUACAAUGAGUAUUACGACAAGGUGGUGAAAAAUAAAAUUGCCGUGAAAAAGGCAGAGGUGCCAAAGGUCGAUGUGAAGGUGGGCGAGGUGGAGAACCCCGAGUUCAGGUUUGGCGAUACCAAGCCUGCAGAAUCUGAGGAGGAGGAGGAAAAGCCAGUGGAAAUAAAAGGACCAGCGUUCAAGCUGGACACGCUGCCAAAGUCGAAGAACUACGGGUUCAAAUUCGGCCACGCUCCGCCUCCGGACUCGGACUCGGACGACGACGUCAAGAUAGAAGGCCCAAAGUUCCAGCUGCCGGGCAGCACACAGAUCAAGGACAAUGUGUUUAAGCUGCCAAAGAAGGAGGAAAAGGAGGAGAAGAAGGAGGAGAAGCCAGCGUUCACAUUUGGUCAGACAGAGACUAAGGAGGCUCCUAAGGAGGCUCCUAAGUUUUCGUUUGGUCAGACGCCCGCCCCGGCCUUCUCGUUGGGCAGCCAGCCCGAGCCGACUGAAAGGCAGGAAAAGCCUGUGGAAAAGCCAGAAAAACCAGCGGAAAAACCAGCAGAAACACCAGCAGGAAAACCAACAUUCUCGUUUACAGAUAAACCGGCGUUCUCAUUCAACGUGCCAAAGGAGAACAAAGAAGAGCAGAAGCCGGAGCAAAACUCAGAGCAGAAGUCAGAGCAGAAACCAGCCUUUUCGUUUGGCUCUUCUUCCGCCUUCUCCUUCACCAAACCCUCCGAAACCAAAACGGCCGACUCUGAGCCGGCCAAGCCGGCGUUCUCGUUCUCCGCCCCUUCGAACGGGUUCAACUUCUCGUCCCAGCCCGCACAAAAGCCUGCCGCGUCCAACCCGUUCAAUUUCGCGUCCACGUCACAGAACACCGCUCCUGCCGCUUCGACGUUCAACUUCAAUUUCUCUGCACCAAAACCAGAAGCAAACAAGGACGACACUGCCAACGAGGAGGAGGAGCAGGUGCAGAACGAGGACGUCAAGGGCGACUUUGCCGUUGUCAAGCUGACACAGAAGGUGGACACGAAAACCGGCGAGGAGAACGAGACGGUUCUGUACACGAAAAAAUCCAAGGUGCUCAAGUUCGACGCGGCUGACAAGUCGGAUCCGUACAAGUCGAUCGGGCUGGGCGAGCUGAAGGUGCUCAAGAACACAGAAACGGGCAAGUCGCGGAUCCUGGUGCGGUCCGAGGGCAGCCUGAACGUGCUGCUCAACGUGGCUAUUCUGAAAGACGUUAAGUACGAGCUGAUCGGCAAGGGCAACUCCAUGCGGAUCCCAACGUUCUCGCCCGACGGCAAGCUCGAGACGUAUAUUGCGCGCGUCAAGACGGCCGACGACGGCAAGAACCUGCUCGAAAAAGUGCAAAGCUGCCAGUGA